AAAUGCGGCUCCUCGCUCCCCUGGGAGAAGCUUCGCCCAUCGCAGCAGCAGGCUCGCUCUCUGCGGAGUUUGGGAGGACCUCGGGAGGAGCAGCAUCAUGACCGCCAAGAUUGAUUGGAAGCUGAAGGAGAAUGGCAUUGCCCACCGCACUGACCGGUACAGCGGGACCGAGCUGGCGGUGCGCCGGGGGCAACCCUUUGGCGUUUCCAUGAUCUUCGGGGGAACCCCCCCAGCAGCAAGUAGCCUGACCUUCACAGUGGAAACCGGAUCGACGGCUGCUCUCCAGGCCAAGACACGGGUGUCCUUCGGUGUCACUGCGUCUCCACCCAAAAAUUCCUGGGGUGCGGUCCAGGGCGCCCCGGCCCCCGGCACCUUGAGCUUCUCCAUCUCCAGCCCAGCGAAUGCAGGCAUUGGGCGCUACCGACUCGGCUAUCAGACCGGGAGCAGCUCCUCUUCCUCCUUCCUGGGCACCUUUGUGCUCCUCUUCAACCCCUGGCUCCAAGCUGAUGAGGUCUUCAUGCCAAACAACGCAGAGCGUGAGGAGUACGUCCUUUCGGAGUCUGGGGUGGUCUUUGUGGGCAGCUCCUACAGCAUCAGCCCACGUGGAUGGGACUUUGGCCAGUUCCAACCAAAUAUUCUGGACAUCUGCCUGUCCAUCCUGGACCGGAGCUUAAACCAUCGCAAAGACCCAGCCACUGACCUCCGCCGCCGCAAUGACCCCAAAUACGUUGGGCGUGUGCUCAGCGCCAUGGUCAACAGCAAUGACGACAACGGCGUGGUGCUGGGCAACUGGAGUGGCAAUUACUCCGGUGGGGAGAAUCCUGGCAGCUGGUCAGGAAGUGUGAAGAUCCUCCAACAAUAUAAGUCCUCUGGAUUUCGACCGGUCCGCUAUGGCCAGUGCUGGGUCUUUGCAGGAGUGCUGACCACAGUCCUCCGGUGCCUCGGUUUCCCCGCCCGCAUGAUCUCCAACUUCAACUCAGCCCAUGACACGGACCAGAGCUUGACUAUAGACGUCUACUAUGACCCGGCUGGGAACCCCCUCAACAUAGACUCUGACAGCGUCUGGAACUUCCACGUGUGGAAUGAGGCCUGGUUCACCCGCUCCGAUUUGGGCUCCACGUACAACGGCUGGCAAAUUUUGGAUGCCACCCCGCAAGAACGAAGCUCUGGCAUCUUCCAGUGCGGCCCGGCUUCCUUGGUGGCCAUCAAGGAGGGAGACGUGGACCUGGACUACGACUGCCCCUUCGUCUAUGCUGAGACCAACGCAGACCGCGUCACCUGGACCCUGGACACAGCCACCGGGACCAAGAAGAAGAUCUACUCGGAGACCAAGUCUGUGGGCCAGUUCACCAGCACCAAGGCCGUGGGCAGCUUCGCCCGCAAAGAUGUCACCAACGACUACAAGUACCCAGAAGGUUCCACCAAGGAGCGGGAGGUCUUCAACAAGGCUCGGGGCAAGCUGAACCUGAACACGCUGGAAGCCACCGCUGCCCGAGUGCCGGACGCUCCCAAGCCAGACGUGACCGGGAAGUUCAAGGUGCAGAGCCCCCCUGAGGUCGGCCAGGACGUGCAGCUGGUCCUGCAGCUGACCAACCAGGCCUCUAAGGCCAGGACCCUGACGGCCAACAUGACCGCCUGGAGCAUCGUCUACACCGGGAAGGCCAUCCACGAGGUCUGGAAGGACUCCCUCGCCCUGACGCUGGGCCCCAAAGAAGAGAAAGCCUAUCCCAUCAAGAUCUCAUAUGCGGAGUACCAGCAGCACCUGACAACGGACAACAUGAUCCGGGCAACGGCCGUGUGCCACAUCAAGGACGGGAACGAUGCUGUGAUAGAGCGGGACAUCUCCCUGGACAACCCCACCAUCACCUUGAAGGUGCCAGGCCAGGUGAAGGUGGGCCAAGUGGUGAAGGUGGAAGUGGUCUUCACCAACCCACUGGCAGAAGCAGUCUCCUCUUGCGUGCUCCUGGCUGAGGGCAGCGACCUGCUGGAGGGAGAGAUCCGGAAGGAGGUGCCAACCGUGAAGGGCAAGGAGAGUGCCCGCAUCACCUUCGAGGCCACCCCCAAGAAGAAGGGCACCAAGCAGCUGCUGGCCAACUUCUCCUGCGACAAAUUCACGGACAUCAAGGCCUUCCAGGUCAUCAAGGUGGUUGACUGAGCUGGACCCUAAAGAGAGGCACCCCCACAAGAGAUGGCGAGGCCGCACUACGAGGGAAUGGGCAGCUUUGGGGGUGCAGAAGAGCCCUGUCAUCUGCAUGUUCUUCUUUCAAUACAGCUUUUCUUUCUUACCGCCACUCUUUUCUUGCCUCUCUUGAGCUCCUUCACAAGAUCCUUCCCCUCAGUUUUCUAGGGGUCGUCAAAAGCAGACUAAUGAAAAUGAAGCCGAACCCAGAACUCCUUGCCUUCAAGUUGA